GUUGAGAAGUUCCAAUCCCAUUCAUCAGUGUGACAUUCUUAUUAUUGCCCACGCUCUCUAUUGCAAUUGAUCACCUGGCACAUUUCUCGAUCCGGCUCAUAUCUUUGCAUAUCUCGUACUUCUUUAUACCUUCGAGUCAUCGGUCAUGGUCAUAUCUUGUAAUCUCAUUCACUCAUUCAUUCCCUAAUUUGUCCUUCCUGUACAUCUUUGCUGUUUAUUCGCAGGCCACAACAGUACUGUACUUCACUUAUGCUGUACUACACAGUCUCAUAACAUCUCCUCCGAAAUGGCAUCACCCUCUUCCAAACCUCUGGACAUACGUCCAAGACCGUCCUCCCCAGUACCUUCUACUCACUCGAGACAUGCCUCCAUUGCUCGAUUGUCCUCCCCCGUACCAUCCCAGCGGUUCAGUACGCCGCCAGUCCAACAGGUCCCGACUCCCCAGCAAAUAGCCACGGAUAAGACCGACGCUGCCCUACCCAAACUAGACACUGUAGGGUCUCUGCCAGGCCCCGGCCCGUCUGCCUUGUCAACUGCUCUUGCAAGCUCUGCGAGUCGAACCCCUCCUCGAACUGGCACGCCUCCCGUACUGGACGCAGCCUCAAGACAAUCUAUCGCGAACGCAUCUGGGGGUCUCGGAAACCACGAGAGAUUACCAAGAAGCAAUUAUGGUUCAUUUGCUGAGGGACGGGAAAUGGCCGGAAGUCCAGCAACCACAGAAAACCCAGAAGUCGUAAAGAGACACCUUGUUCAACCAGAUCAAGGCUCAAACAAGUUCAAAGGGUCUCUCCGGUUGGACUUGAAUGAAGCAGGAGCAGGCCUGGACUCGGAGGCGUUCUCCAGCCUACGGUUACAGGGGGGUGACAUGACACGUGCUGUCUAUCGGUGGACUCAAGAGCAGGAGGAGAAUCAAGCCGGUCGUGGGAAGAGGAGCAAGAGCUUCAGUCUCGCGCGACCCGAUCCUGAAACCGAAACCUUGGAUAUUAACAAUAUCAAAGUACCUGGUGGAUUUCGUCGCAACUUCCUACGGCGGGCUGCCGGAAGCCCUGACCCAUCUGAAAGGGUCCCCAAUGUCAACGGGACCGUGGAGGAUAGAGGUAGAGGCUCUAUUACCGGGAACGGAAAAUCUAAGCCCCAACUUUUCACCAACAACUUUUUGGAGUUCCUGACUCUGUAUGGCCAUUUCGCCGGCGAGGAUCUGGAAGAAGACGACGAAGUCCUUGAGCCCGACGAAUACUUCUCCUCCGAUGCCUGGGAGGAAGGUAGUGACCGAGAACCCGGCGAGGACAGUGCUCUCCUUACACCUGGCACACCUGGAUUGCGGAAGCGGAAGCAUAAGGAGCGAAAGCACGGGGGUACCAACAGCAGCAUGAAUGCUGCCCUGUUACUUCUCAAGUCUUUCGUUGGCACGGGAGUACUUUUCCUACCUCGGGCAUUCCUGAACGGAGGUAUGCUAUUCUCGUCUCUGGUCCUCCUCUUUGUCGCCGCACUCAGCUUUUACUGCUUUAUCCUGCUUGUCAACACCCGCAAUGUGGUGGAAGCCUCCUUCGGUGAGAUCGGUGGCAUCUUGUACGGCAAGUGGAUGCGAGCCCUGAUUCUGUUUUCUAUCGUCGUCAGUCAAGUCGGCUUUGUAUCCGCCUACACUGUCUUUACGGCGGAAAACCUGCAGGCGUUCGUGCUCGCUGUCUCGAAAUGCAAGACUUUCAUCGACAUCAAGUUCAUGGUUCUCAUGCAACUGGUCAUCUUCCUGCCCCUGAGCUUGAUCCGGGAUAUAGGCAAACUUGGUUUUACAGCCCUUGUUGCCGAUGCGUUCAUCCUGCUGGGCCUCAUAUACUUGUAUUACUACGAUAUCAAGACGGUUGUGGAUCACAGCGGCAUCGCCGACAUCACCUUGUUUAAUCCGUCGAGCUGGACCCUUUUCAUCGGUACCGCCAUCUUUACGUUCGAAGGCGUUGGUUUGAUCAUUCCCAUCCAAGAGUCAAUGAAGAGGCCGGAUAAAUUUCCCGAAGUCCUCGGCAUAGUCAUGGUCAUUAUCACGGUGCUCUUUACAUCCAUCGGCGCCCUGUCGUACGCUGCCUACGGAUCCAAGACCAAGACUGUCGUCCUUCUCAACAUGCCUCAGGACAACAAAAUGGUCAAUGCAGUACAGUUCUUGUACUCACUGGCCAUUCUUCUCAGCACUCCAUUGCAAUUGUUCCCCGCCAUCCGUAUCAUGGAGAACGAGCUGUUCACCCGCUCCGGCAAGUACAACCCAUAUAUUAAAUGGCAGAAGAAUGGUUUCCGAUUCUUGCUGUGCUGUCUCUGUGCGCUCAUCGCCUGGGGAGGAGCUGGGGAUCUGGACAAGUUCGUCGCACUGGUCGGUAGCUUUGCCUGUGUGCCGCUUGUCUAUGUCUAUCCGCCGAUGUUGCAUUUGAAGGCAGUGGCCAAAGGUCGCUGGUCUCGCGGGUGGGAUUAUGUUAUCGCUGUUUUGGGAGUCGCGGGAUGUGUUUAUACGACUGCCCUGACGGUCCAACAGUGGGUUGCAGGCGGCGAUGAAAAGGCCCCUGGAUAUUGUGAUUCAUGAAAUAUAUGUCCUUGUCGGAGAUCAAGAUGUGUCCUGAGUUGACAGGGUUAAUGGCAUCGAGAAUGCGGUUGUCGGAAAGAUAGAGCUAGACUUAGAGACCUGGUGUGCAGGAUUC